AUGAGCUUACAUUUGCAGCCUCUGCGUACGAAAGCUAAACUUUUGUCAUCUCCUCUGCAACAAAUUCAAGCCUUCACCGCCAUCAAAUGGAAUAUUCAGCUCAGAGAGCUCUCGAAACCUGGCCAAUACAAACAGGCCAUCACACUCUACCGUCAAAUGCUCCGCUCCGGCGCCACACCCAACGCCUUCACAUUCCCCUUUAUUCUCAAGUCCUCCGCCUCCCUCUCACUCCCAGUUUCCGGCACACAGAUCCAUUGCCACGUAAUUAAGUCUGGUUGUCAAUCAGAACCUUUUGUACAAACUGCAUUGAUAACUAUGUAUUGCAAGUGCUGGUCGCCUGAUAUUGCUUACAAGUUGUUCGAUGAAAGUCCCAAAUCGUGGGAGUUAACUGUUUGUUACAAUGCUUUGAUAUCUGGGUACGUUCAAGAUUCACAGUUCUCAAAUGGGUUGCUUUUGUUUCGUGAAAUGAGGUCGAGGGGAGUGGCAUUUAAUGCGGUGACAGUUUUGGGGUUGGUUCCAGGGUGUACUGUUCCAACGUAUUUGGAUUUGGGGGUGUCAUUGCAUUGCUUGAGUGUAAAGUUCGGUUUGAACAGUGAUUUGGCUGUUGCGAAUUGCUUUCUGACAAUGUACCUGCGGUGUGGGAAACACCCACAAAUAAAGAACAUAUACACGAUGUUGGCUGAGUUAGAAGAGCUAGCAAAAGAAGACAGUGGACUAAAGGAAGAGAAAAGAGAUCAACCAAUUGCAAAUAGCUCUGGUGGCCUCCGCUUCUGCCUCUAUCAGGCGGAACCAAAUUUCAUAUAG